AUGAGGCCCCGCCCACACAUGCUGCCGCUGCUGCUGUGGGCGCUGGCUGUGUCCACGGGAGGAAGUUCUCUGAAGCCAAAGCAGAACUCAUGUCUCCUGGAUCUGUCCUGGCCUCCACCACAGACCCCCACCCUCAACUCCACAGCAGCCCUGUUCUGUCCACGUGCCUGGGAUGGAGGGGUGUGCUGGCCCCAGACCCCAGCAGGGACCUCUGUCACACUAGACUGUCCUGGACGCCUUUCCACAGACCUGCUAGAUGUGCCGCGGCGCUGGUGUGACGAGCGAGGACAGUGGGCGGAUAUAUCCUCCCCCUGUGUCUCCCAGGACCCUCUGGAACUCCCAGCCCCUAUGGACCCUCCGGAACCUCUGGACCCUCUGGUCCAAACACAGGGAGCCUCUGAGGUCAUGGAGGUGUCCACAGACGACAGCUCUACAGAGGAGGAUGUCCUCUUGAAGAAACAUCUGAUAGAGAGCCAGAGAAGAUGUCAGGACAAGAUGGCCGAGGACUUACCUCAAGGAGCAGGGAGGUACUGCAGUGCAGAGUGGGAUGGCUUCCUGUGCUGGGAGCCCACUCCAGCAGGGGCCGUGUUCUUUCAGAAGUGCCCCGUUUCUGACUGGAGCGGAGAGCCCACAGAGACGGUGAGUCGCUUCUGCUCUGAGGAAGGACAGUGGCAGAGCACAAACAGCUCUGGAGCCAACAGUAGUGUGUGUGCCACCAACCCCAGGACGGCAGCUCAGCUCUAUGUGGACAUAGACGACACCCAGGCCUCCUUGGCCCCCAGCGCCCAGUCUGAGGAGGAGAUCCUGGUGCGGAGGAAGAUCCUGGACAACCAAUACAAGUGCUUCGAGAAGAUGUACCGCGAGCCGGCUUUAAACUCCAGUGAUGUGCACUGCGGCCGUAACUGGGAUGGCUGGCUGUGCUGGGACGACACUCCGGCCGGGACGCUCACCUCUCAGAACUGCCCUAACUACUUCAAAGACUUCGACCCCACAGAAAAGGCCACUAAGCUGUGUGGAGACGACGGCCAGUGGUUCAGACACCCGGAAACCAAUCGCACAUGGUCCAACUACACUCGCUGCAACGAGAAAACCGUGGCAAAGCUCCGGUCGGCUUAUAUCUUGUUCUACAUGGCAAUCGUAGGCCACGCCCUGUCCAUCGCCUCGCUGCUCAUAUCUCUGGCCAUCUUCUUCUACUUCAGGACCAGACCAGGACCAGAUCAGACCAGGAGCCUGAGCUGCCAGAGGAUCACGCUCCAUAAAAACCUGUUUUGCUCAUACGUGCUGAACUCGGCGCUGACCAUCCUCUACCUGGUGGCCGUGGUCAACAACCCUGCAGUGGUGAUGAGGAACCCGAUGGGCUGUAAGGUGCUGCACUUCUUCCACAUGUACAUGCUGGGCUGUAACUACUUCUGGAUGUUGUGUGAGGGCAUCUACCUGCACACGCUCAUCGUGGUGGCCGUGUUCGCUGAGGAGCAGCACUUGCACUGGUACUACCUGCUGGGCUGGGGAUUCCCUCUGGUGCCAGCCUCCAUCCAUGCCGUGGCCAGGAAGACCUACUUUGACGACAAGUGCUGGAUGAGCGUGGAGACUCACCUGCUGUAUGCGGUCCAUGGGCCCAUUGUCGCCGCCCUGCUGGUGAAUCUUUUCUUCCUGCUGAACAUCAUCCGAGUUCUGGUCACCAAGCUGCGGACCACGCACCGUGCUGAGUCCAACAUGUACAUGAAGGCAGUGAGGGCCACCCUCAUCCUGGUGCCUCUGCUCGGGAUACAGUUUGUCAUCUUCCCCUGGAGACCGGAGAACCGCGUGGCCGGGGAGGUCUACGAGUACAUCAUGCAUAUUCUCAUGCACUACCAGGGUCUGCUGGUGGCCACAAUAUUCUGCUUCUUCAAUGGAGAGGUGCAGGCUGCUCUGAAGAGGCAGUGGGUGCAGUACAAGAUGCAGUGGGGUCAGCGCAGAAGAGAACACUGCUCCAUGCGUUCCACCUCCUACACGGCCACCUCCAUGACCGAGGUGCCUGCUUUCAUGUUCCAGGACGCUCAUGAGGGCAAUGGGCGUCAUGCCGACCAUGCCGAGCUGCUGACCAUCAAGCUGGCCGACACGUACGCAUGA